UGAUUAAGUGAAAAGUCCUAUCGCCGGUCGGCGACGUUCAUUGUUGGGGAACGUCGAAGCGAGAGUAUUCACGUUGCUUCCCAUCGAAUGUACGCACUUAGCGAGAAAGCAAAGAUGUUCUAUGGAUUAAUGUCUGUUCUUCUGGUCUCUGCGGUCUCUGCAGAGUUCUGUUAUGACGAUGUUGAAAGUGCUUGCAGUACCAGACCUACUACAAUUGAUAAUCUAUUAAUUCCAAAUUGUAACGCUAAAUUCGGAGCGAUCGACUUACUUCAGGCUGAACUUCAAGCGUACACAAAUGCCAAUAUUGAGACCAGCUUUGAAUUUCUGCUGAUGUCCACACAUUUUGGUAACUAUGAAGCAAAUCGGGAAGGAUUUAAAGGAUUGUAUCGUAAACUUUCCGAUCAAUCAUGGGAAGACGCUAUAAAUUUAAUUAAAUAUAUCGCACAGCGCGGUGGCAAAAUGAACUUCAAUCAGCUUCCACGCUUUAAGAAAAAUGUCAAGGAUAGCAGAGUGUUGGAACUGAAUGAGUUGAACAGUUUGUCGAAGGCACUCGAUACUGAGAAGCAGCUUGCCAAUGAAGCAUUGCGAAUCCAUGCUCAAGAACAGCAUCAUACCAAACAAGAUGCGGGUGUUGCUCAUUACAUCGAGGAACGCUUCAUACCAUCGUUGUCCGAACGUGUGAGACAAUUGGCGGGUUAUACAAACGAUUUGAAGAAAAUGCUGAUGGAACGCGAUCCAUCCAUUUCCAUAUUUCUAUUUGACGAAUACCUUCAAAAGGCUUUGUAAAUUGCUCACGGAUAUAAUUUAAAAUACGUGCAUAUUAUUAUCGACAAUAUGUUAUCACCAUUAUUUUGCCUUUAUCUUCGAUGUUAGAGAUCUUUAAUAUGUAAAAUAGAAGGAAUAAAUAUAUACAGAGGGA